GCGGGAAGGAAACUCCGGCGAAAUAGCCCAAGAUCUCUGGAUCACGCGUUGGAUGCCCAAUAAUAUCUCCGUUGUUUCCUUUUUUCUCUUCAAAUCCCCAAAGUUCAGACCUUUUCAAUCGGUUUGCCGGCGAUCCAUCUUCAUCUCAUCGUAAUUUCUCUCCUUCGAUUUCUUAGUCUUGUGUUUUUUGGCUGGAUGUUGUGGAAAUAUCUGGAUUUUUGUUGUUUCUGAUGAAAUUUUGAUAUAGAAUUAUGUUCUAUUAUCUCCGAUUCAAUUUUGCUUAAUUUUGACCGGAAAGUUGUGAUCUUUCUGAGAAUUAGGGUUUAUUCUUGUAACUCUUGGAUAAAAGUUGCAAUCUUGAUGUGAGAUGGAGUUGAUGGAGGAGUCUUCGGGGGAGAUCCCCAACAAUGGAUUGAAUCAGGAUGGGGCACACUUUCCUGGAGCUGUGAAGAAGUUAGCAUAUGGAUUUGAUGGAUUUGGGAACUAUUUCUCCAAAGAUUGGGAUUUGUACAAAAAGGAUGAGAGUUCAACAGGGAGAGAGUUUUAUUGGUAUCAUGUGGAGCUCCCAAAGGGAAAUCAGAAGCUUGCAUUGUCUGCUCAGCAUCUCAUUACAGCCCUAUCUCCACCUUUGAAGCUCCAAGAAAUUCUCACACUCACUAGCAAUGGCCCCUUUUGUGGUUAUGUUGAUGGGGCUUUGUUUUUCAGGGUGAAUUCUUCUGGUCCUGUAGGAAGUGGUUUCACAUUGAAGAUUGCUGCAAAAGUGACUGAGAAUUCCAUUAUUUCUGUUUCAUUAGGCCGAGUGCCGAGAUUAGGCUUUGCGCCAACCAGAGAGUCAUUGUUGUCGGAGAUACCAAGUGUUGCGUCUCCUGGCUUGUGUGGAAAUGAGGGGAAGACAGUUUCAGGUGGAACUGUAAUUCAGGAGCAUGUUCUUGAGUUCUUGUUGACAAUGAAUCAUUCCAAGGAAGCUGAUAAUCCCGUACCGAAGACUGUGUCAAAUUUGCUUGUUCAUAUUAUUGAUACUCAUGUUGAUCAUAUUCAAGACAUUGUUACCAAGCUUGAGAUGGAAUUGGAUGAAGUUGAGCUUGAAUUGGAUAAAGGUAGUUCUAUGCUAAAGAAACAAAUGCUGGAUGACAGAAGAUUUCCGAAGAUGCAUCUAAACUUGCAGAGGCUCCUGCAGGUAGUUUCGCAUGGCGAGCAAGUAUUUCCACGUGUUAAAGAGAAAUGUGCAGCAAAAACUUGGUUUGCAAACGAAGACAUCUUCUGCCUCGAAGAACUUAUCGGUCGGCUCCGAAGACUAAAAGAGAAUUUAGGAUUCAUUGUUAAUCGAGUUACUGCAGUUCAAACCGGUCUUGAUAGUUGGCAAGCAGAACAAAUAAACAGAAAGCUUUACUAUCUUUCAUUCCUCUCCAUAAUUUUCCUUCCUCUCUCGGUUGUUACCGGAGUGUUUGGCAUGAAUGUUGGUGGAGUGCCAUGGACUGGACAAAGGGAUCCUGAUGUAAUUGAUGGAUUUCGCAAUGUUAUGAUGCUUUGUGCUGUUAUAUUAGCCCUCCUGUUAUUUUGUUUCGGCUUUCCAUCAUUUUAUGCACGUGCGUCUGCUUGGAGAACGCAGCGAGUGCUGAAGAGGAGUCGGUCAUUGGACAGAAGGUCCUUCCUUAGAAGAAACCUUCUUGGAGGAGAACGGCGUGGAGGAGAUUAUUUGCCCAUCUGAAAAUUUGGCGCUGCUUUGUCGAUGAUGUUUUUCAAGAAAGCAACUCCAUUGGAAGUCAAAAGCUCUUUCGGUGUAAAGACAUGAUCAUUUAUGAUACAAUAUCAGUUUGAAUAUGUUAUGUAAACGAUCAAUUGCGCGAAAAGUUAUACAUUCAGAUUAACAGAUACUGAAUUUUCUAUUUUGCUAAUUUAUUUGUUCGAGUUGUGGAUGCCAUUGUAACUAUGUGUAUUUGGCUCCAAUGUAUCUGACUAAAUCAUCUGCACCAACAUUUAUUUUUUCAGAUAAUUUCUAAUAAAUUCAG